AUGUUGGCCUUACAUCGUCCAAAGACUCAUAAGCCAAGCUCUCCCCCAAACCAAAGCCAGGGCCAAUUGUUCCAACCGUUGACCAAUGCAGAGGAGCUAGAGCAAGCUUGGAAGGUUUCCACCAACACUGUUGGCUCUAGCUACAAUUUGUACAAGGUAACAGAGCUCUCUGAUCAAAAGGACAAGUUUGGAAGGUGUUCUACCAAGAUCAACCAGCCUAUGUCAGACUCCUCCUGUGGUAACCUGAACAAGCAAGCUGCCAUCUGCCUCGGGAAACAACAAGAGGGAUCCAAGACGUGCAAUCUGGCCAGUGUUGGGAUUACUGGUACUGGGGACAUUGAUCCCAAAGAGGUACCACAGCUGUGUGCUGUAUGGUGUGCAGAAGCCACAUGUCCAUUCUACACCCUUGUAGAUGCCAGCCACAAGGCAAUCCUCCACCCGGCAGUUCUCAAGCAUCUACCCACCAGGAAAGCGGUCUCAAAGGACAUUCACUUGCUCUACUCAGCCAUUCAAGAUAGUUAUAGGACUAUUUUAAAGGAGCAACAAGGUGCUUUAUACUUAAGUGUUGACACAUGUCAAUCCCCAAAUGGCUUUGAGUCUUUUGGGCAUAGUCAUCUACCAAUUAGCUGA